GCCACACUUGGACAGACAGUCGGGGAGAAACGAGCAAAGGGGGGGAAACCGGGGAGAAAAGAAAAAUCACAUACAUGCAUUUUUAGGAAGGUUGCCCUGUCUGGUGGGUGACGAGCACAGAGCAAGGAAGGCGCGCCCGCAGGACGCAGAACAGCUCGGUGGAUGUGGAUGCAGGAGAGACUCUCCUCCCUGGAUGAGAUGCUGCUCCGCCUGGACACGGAUCAUACUCUUGCAUGAUUCACUUGGAGGAAAAGAAGAAAGAAAAAAAGGGGGACACCACUGCUGCUUUUGAGAUUGAUUUGGGUUUUUUUUCCACACCUGGACACAUCUGGACCCGCAGCUGGAUUGUAGGAUGGUUUAAAGCGGCGUGAAUGUGCGGGAAGGGAGUGGGACACUGACAGGAUGAGUGAGCGAUACGCGCAGGUCGGAAGCAAAGGGGGUCUACUUCUUGUGGUGCUCGUGAUCAGUUUCUGGGAAAUGUCCAUACCCACAGAAGGAACGACGGCGCACAGCGUCCGGACAGGCACCUGCGAGGUGGUGGCGUUGCACCGGUGCUGCAACAAGAACAAAAUCGAGGAGAGGUCGCAAACGGUGAAGUGCUCCUGCUUUCCGGGACAAGUGGCCGGGACCACCAGAGCCUCCCCGUCGUGCGUGGAUGCCUCGAUAGUGGAGCAGAAGUGGUGGUGUCAGAUGCAUCCGUGCCUUGAUGGGGAGGAAUGCAAAGUGCUUCCUGACUUGAAGGGCUGGAGCUGUGCUACGGGGAACAAGAUCAAAACCACAAAGAUUUCUGCUGACAGAGACCAACUUUGGUAACGACAGAUGACCAACAACAGUGUCUAGGUGAACCCACCGUUGUGGUCUGGCAGAUCACAAAAGGACCGGAGAGCGAUUCGAAGGACCUUUUUGUAAAUAGAGACAUCAGUUACAAAUAUUUUCAAAACUCUCAAUGCUUCUUGUUGGGAUCAGUGGACAUCGAAGAGAGACGUACAGAUCAUCCGACGCUUCUCUUUGACGGACUCCAUGUGACUAACAUUUUUCCUGGAUUUAAUCUACGACAUCGUACUGCUUGUAGUGGAAUACAAUGAUGAACUAUAUGUGAAUUUCUAGAGUAACAUGACCUUUACGGUGGAUUUUGCAACACCACUCGACCUCUGCAGGCCUCUGCAGAUCAGUAUGAUGUAUAGAGAAUGCAAAUACUAAAGAUAAAAAAUGUGGUUAUGUUUAAUAAGCUCACGGAGGCUUUCUUCUCUUAUAAAGUGUAGUUUCAAAGGUUCAGUUAUAGGUGAGAAUGAGUGGCUGAGCGGUAGCGAUUCAGGGGGAUUUUCAAAGAGAUACCACAACUCAUCGUUAUCUGUGUUUAGCACCGCUGGACCAAGCCAACCCUGAAAAAAAAUGGUAUAAACUGAUCAAAAGUAGGUUGUACAUUAUUUACAUUUGUGAUCUAUUUACUCUCAGAAAAUCACUCUGCCAUUCCCAGUCACCCUGGUUUUCAGAUUUUUCAGAGAAGUAGUAUAAACCAAACACAGCCGGGCGACGGCGUCGACAUUCCCCAGAAUCUGUUCUCGACGAGUGACGCAAGUAUGAACUGCUAAUCACCUUUUAGUAAGUUUUGCUGACACUUCCUCUGUCUGUGUAAGUG